AUGCCUGCGAAUACAAAUGAUGUUGUUAGUGCUGAUCUUACAGUCGCUAAAACCGAUUUACAAGGACUUGAACUGGCGGAACAUCAUUUUGGUCCCUUACUUCGCCCAACUCGUGCCACAAAGAGCGCAUGGACCAAUUAUUCUAUCAAUCGCCUCCAAACCAAUCAAGAGUACCGCACAGUUAUCCCGGUGCCACGCAAUGGCUCUGAGGAUGGCUCUGAGGAAGACUCUGAGGAGGAUGAAUACGACGAAUACUCCGAUAAAGCUUGGCUUUUCGACAGCGUCAAAGCUUGUGUUUCUCAGAUUGAGGGCGAAAUGGGUUUUGAGGACGGCACACUCCGAAUGCAUCACCAUUUUAUGGAACGAAACAGUGCUCGACGACGAAGAAUCAGGAUCUAUUCACCCACUGCACCAAUGUACAUUGAUGUGCAUUUCCAAUACUACUGCCGCUCGCGUUUGUCAGAGGUCGAGUGGUUCUACUCCCUCGGGUACAAGAUCCAACGUCGCCUAUCUGCAACGGCAGGCAAUGCACUUGCCAUCAAAAAAAAUUUCAAGAUGGGCAGUCCUCCGGAAGUGCACACGCGCAAUGGGUGGCAGACCUUGUGCUGGGGUUAUUAUGAUGACUCCGAUGGAAACUAUGGCAAACGUUGGCGCCGCAUUGAGUGUGGAGAAGUGGAGUUACACCAGGAAGGAGUUAUGGACGUUCACGAGGCGUUGUUCGGAGAACUGGAAAAACCUGCUGAAACUGACGCGGAGGCCAUGCUCGCAUAUCAACGAUCACUCGUAAGGGGCAUACGGCUGCUUCUCGCUGCUGUCGGUAUUUCAUAUGACGUUGCGUGUACUGAUGGUGAAAGUGAUCGUGGGCCCCAUGACUUGAUGCUUGAGGGGCUGAGCGACAAAUGGGUCGGGCGGGGGAUACGAAAUGCAUGUGGCCUCCGACUCGCCAGAGAUGCAGAAGAAGAGCGGAAAGGUGCCAUGGAACGACAGGAAGAAGUAAAGGGUUUCGACGAGGACGACGACGAUGACGACGACGAAGGGGAUUAUGACGACGAUUAUGGCUUCUGA